AUGGUAACAACCGGUUGAACGGCGACGAAUUUAUUUUCGCAGUCUAGUCCAUUUGAACGCGUACUUUUGCAGUGUGAGCAUCAGCGCGUUUUGUUUUAAUUUGUUAGAAUAAAAUACCCAGGAACGCCCAAAUAACGCGGAAAAGUCUGGAGAAAAAUACUCAAACUGGAACAUGGAGCAUGCAACCGUCAUCGAUGUGGCGGUCAUCAGUGAGUCUGAGGAUGAGGAUGCGGUGGAGAAAGUGACUAAAUCUUCCAACAAAGCCGGCGAUGCUACCCGAAAAGAAAGUGUCUCCCCCAAAGAAAUUUCUGACGACGAUGUGGUUGCAGUGCCCUUGGACCAAGCGAUAGUCGCAAAGCAAAAGGAAAUUCUUCGCCUGCUGCCGUUCAUCGAAGAAGUGAAGAAAGCGUUUGCGUCCAGCCUAUCCACGGGACAAGCCUCACGCCUAGACGCCCUCGUCCGCCUUGUGCAGCGAGACAAUGUGACCAUGUCGACCCUGCAGAAAAUCGAGUCUAUUAUAAUGAAGCUUGAAACGAAAUUCGGUGAAGUGGUCCGGAGUAAACAGGCCAGUGGUUCCGCAUCAGGCAACCUUCAAACAUCCCUCGCCCAAAGACGCUUAAACCAGAAGAGUGAAGUGACGGAUCGGAAACAGGCCUCAGACAGAGAAAGCACUGCCGCAGCCACGAAUCCGAUCAACAACCACAAAAAAAAGGAUUCUAGACAAAACACAAAUAAAGGACCGACAAAGCGCAAACAGAAGCCCAGCAGGGCUGCCCGUGGUGAUACAAUAUCGAUAAGCUCGACCGGCAGUGAGAGUGAGGAUCCCAAGGAAUCGACAAACCGAAAAAGUGAUCCUCAGAGCAGGCCUGCAACAUCGACCGGGCCUUCGACUGCAGGACGUAAAUCUGUCCCACUUGUCCACUCAUCGCCAUCGAGUAAUGUCGCAGAAGAGGCAGCGCGCAGGUCUUUCGCCAGUAGUUCCCCCAGCUUGUCCUCGAACAAGCCAAGCCAUAAGAACAUAGCAAAUGAAGAAAAGACUCAAGGCACAACUUCAGAUCACAAGAGACCAGAUUCUUGCAAGUCGAAUACCAGUCAAAAGACCAAAGAGGACGAUAGACCUCCCCUACAAGGAGAAGGUGUACUGGCUGCCAUAAGAGCAGCUAGAGAACUGGACAGAGAACAGAAGCAGGCCCGAGAGUUGGCCAAUAAAGAGAGGGCCAAAACUAGGAGUUUACAACUCAAUGCCGGCGAAAAUUUGGGAUUCUCGCGCAGAUCGAAUACUGGUCCAGCAACAGCAAAGGCGGCAAUUACCCAGAAAUCAGCGCCUCUGUUUACACGUGGCUCAUCUGUUCCAUGUGAUCAGGAUUCCACCUCAGUGGUGGCAAUGUGUCAGUCAACACCAAACCAGCGGCUUCAACAGCAGCAGCCGUCCACAGAGCCAUCAAAUGGUAGUCUUUCACUAUGUGAUAAAGAUGCUAACAGAAGUGAUACUCCAGCCAGUCCGCUCUCGGAGGCACGCAAGAAGCUGGCAGCCAUGCUGCUGGAUAAGCUGGAUCCCCCCGCGGGUGUGGGAGCGGGUCUAGGCGUACCGUGCACAUUGCCGCUAGCAUCGAACAGCAUGGAUCCGCGUGGAAGGAAUCUCAAUUACAACAGUAAUACCUUGUGCACAGCCGGUUCGAAUGUUCUUGGCUCCCCGCCACCUCCUCCCCCCAGUGUCACACGCGAUACAUCGCCAGUGCCGCCAGCGCCGCCAAUGAAGGCGGGCUCCGUAUGGACACCCAUUCCAGUGCCAGGAGCAGGACCAGGAAGAGGAAGCAUGGGCUUUGCAAGCCGAGGAUCACGUGGAGCGCAUGCACGGCCUCCUCACAUUCAUCAUGAGAACCAGCGGCCAGUAUUCUCUGGCGGCGAGACACAGUCCUCUGGCCCUGCUCCCCAUGUUCCCAAUGGCUUUCAUGCUGUCGAUCCAAGAUUGAAUCCACAUGAAACCACCCGGGAUCCACGUGAAUCAAGGGAUCCUCGGGGUCCACGCUUUCAGAAUAUGCCACGCCCUAACCAUCAGCAGCAGCAUCAAAAUCAGCAACAACAGCAGCAUCAUCAGCAACAGCAGGGCUAUACUCUGGGUAACCCUACGAACUGGCAAUCAUCCUCCUGGAAUAACAAUGAACAAAUUGUCUUUAAUGGUUUACCUGGAUGUGGUCUAGGUCCUGGAUCUGUACCUGGACCUAGACCCCAUUUAGUGGGAGGCAGCUUUCGGGGCGGACAUGAGAGCCGUGGUCGUGGUGGUGGCGUCGGCGUCGGCGGCAUUAGCCAUCGAUACAUUCCACCAGCCAGAGGACGAGGCGGAAGUCAAUAUGAUGCACCGCGUACAUAUCGAGAGCACCGUGAGGCGAAGGCCAGAGAAAAGGCAGCAGCCGCUGCCAAGGUGGCCGAAAUGCAGCGUCUGGCGGAUAUCGAGAAGAAACGCCUGCUGGAGGCGACCGAGAAGCAGCGACAGCAGGAGGAGAGAGAUUCUGCGGCCAUAACGGUGCCGGUUACGUCAUUGCCAGACCUCCAGCUGGACACCUCCUAUCGCAACGUCAUCGUGAAUAAUCCGGCCAAGAAGAUCGACUUUCGAAUACCCAAGAAGACGACGACAGCGGCCGCUACAGCCUCGACCACAGUCCAAUCAAUGGCCAUUGGUACAGGAGGGGAGAUCGCCAGCUCAACUACGAGUCCACCAGCAAGCAAAUCCUCUAAUGAUAACGACAAAGAUAAGAGUACUGAUAAUGACAAAGAUGCUCCUGCCACAGAUAACAAUUCACACAAUAUGGAGAAGGAGAAUGAAAAGCAACGGAAUAGUCCAAAAGAUCUAGAGAAACCUGAAAGAGCGGAGAAAAAGAGCAAAUCCAAAGAUGCGGAGAGGAACAAAAAUAUAUCCAAGGAUGAGGAUAAAUCAAAAAAGGAAGUGGCUCGAGCCGAAAAGAAGGCAAACAAGAAAAAGAAAAAAAAGUUCCAGAAAUUGCAGAAGGAAAAUGACAACAAUCGAACGGAAAAGAAUGAACAAAAAAAAGAAAGCGACAAGAAAGCGACCUCAUCGUCCACUCCCGCUUCCACGUCCACCGCUUCAUCUGCCUCUACUGCGGAGAUUAUCGAGCAACAGAAAAUCUCAAUUAAUGAGCCCAAUGUCGAUGAUGUUUCCUCUCAUACCUUCUCGGAUAAUGUGGAGAACGAGCCACCGAUGGUGUGCACUUCCCUGGGCAAAGCACCCGAGGGCAAGCCAAAAACGCCAGAGGUACAGUCGGAGGACGCAGCAGCGGAGUCUGACUUAAAGGAAACAAAAACAGAGGUGGGAUCGGAAGCAAAGCCGGAUGAUGCGCCUGCGGCUGCAACUUCGACUGCCAACGACUCUGAGUCGGAUGAAAAGGUACGAAAACUUUCCAAAAUGAAGAUUGUCCUGGGUCCGAAUGGCCACAGUACAUUCCUGGUGAACGACGACGACUCCAUGCUGCUCGACAACUUUGGCCAGAAGUUUAAAGUAAAAAAAAAUGGAGAUGAAAAUGAAAACGGUAGUGGGAAGAAGGAGGGGCCCCCAGUUAAUUCACAAAUCCAUAAGAUUAUGCGACGCCGCUGUUCAAUGGCACCAACGGCCAGCCGUCCGCUGGUGGAUAAGGCCUCGAUCUUUAAUGGCAGCAGCCUCAUGUACGAGGACCUCACCGAACAGAAGCGCAAGGAGGAGAAGCAGUCGCUGAGGGCACGCCAUCUGGCGAAUAUAUUCGAAAAGACCAGCGAUAACUGCCGCGUCUCCACUCAGAAUAUUAUCAGUGGAAAGCGUCGAACACGUUGCAUACCCGACUGCUCCUUCAACGAAACGAUGUUAAGUCGGAAUCGCUUCGGCUUGGGUCAGAUAGUCAGAACGGCGAAGGCCACACCCGAAGAAAAGAAGCGUCGAACCACGCCAGUGCCUCCGCCAGUGAAACGCAAACGAGGUAGACCUCCCGCCUCUGUCAAGAAAGAUAUUGUGCAAGACGCAAAGAGGCCACGUCUGGAAAUCGAAGAGGUCAGUACUCCGGUUAAGGCGAAGGACUCCGAAGAGCAGUCUGUUGCCCCAACAAUACCCCCGCCCUCACCUCCUCCGACUGCGCCUGCGCCAUCGAUCAAGACUCGGGCACGCAAGAGGAACGAGCUGGAGAAGCUCACCGAAUACAUUUCAUCGAUGUACAACGGUGAGGAUGUGACACGGGCCAGUGGCAGAAGAGCAUGCACGGUGCCACAGGCGCAACGGCGUUCAGUGACGCCAGCAGAAUGCGUAGAGACGACAACCACAUCGCCAUCGUCAUCGAGAUCUCCUUCCCGUAUUCGUAGGCCCAUCCCGAGGGAGAUUCGAAAUAUGGCACGUCGCGGUCGAUCCUAUGGAACAUCUUCCAUGGACAGCGGCGGCAUUAAUCGAGCAUCAACAGUCUUGCGAAGAAAUCAAAUGCGAGUGAGGAAGUGUUGUGUGCGUCUGCGGCGUUUCCCAAUGCCACAGAAAAAUGCCCCGAAUGUCCCGAAACAGCCAACGCCGCAGCGAAAGGAGCAGCAGAGGAAGCGAACCCAAAGAUCAGAGCCAAAUGUAAAUCCCGAAUGGCAUGCCAACUCCAUUGGGGCCGUCGAUUGUGUUGUUUGCCACAAGAAUAUCGGUAAGAAUCCCUCUGGCCACUAUCUGCAGUGCCACAAGGAGAACUACAUCUCCCGGCUGGCACCCGGAAUGCUCGACGAACUUCGCGCUGAGCGGUGCAAUCAGUUGCGGCCAGCGGCGGGUGACCCUACCAAGAAAAAGUACGAUUACAGGUGCCCCUUCUGCUUAAAGGAGCUGCAUAACUUCACCUUUAACAACAUUGCGUCGCAUCUGAUUGAGCAUACGGGCGAGAGCAAGGCUCAGUGCUCGUCGUGCCGGCAACCGAUACGGCGAAAGUGUCUCAUAAAUCGGCAUCGCAGGUACUGUACCCCCGACGCCCAAAUAGUUACCGACAAGAGAACCUGCCAGCUGCCCCUCACUCUGCAUGUGUGUCCUUUGUGCGAUUACGUGCAGACGGGGCAGGAGAGACGAGACGCCCAUCUGGUGAAGCAACAUCGGCUGAGCGAUGAACUGAUCGCAGCCAUGGAACUUGAGAGGGUCACCCUCUGCUGGCGUUCCACCGAUAAAAAGCCUCCUGCAAACGAAACCGAAUCUGAAGCGGCCCCGAACAUCUCCGUUCCUAAGAUGAUAUCGCGACGCAGCUCGGUGAUGUGUCCGAAGACCCACAAGAAAAAGAUUCGUUUCAAGAAACAACUACGAAAGCCCGAAAAAUCGCCCAAACGGGAGCAGGAGUCCCAAGAGGAGGAGGGGCAGGAUGGCAUGCCAGCGUCACAGGAGAUGGAGGAGAUCAAGGUGCCUCCACCUGGAGGCCAGGAGGAUGUGGCCGCCGAGUCCAUAUUGGUCGUCAACGAGUGCCUUAUGGACAUUGAUGCCGAUUUGGAAUUGGACAUAAAGCUUCUGGGUUCCCAGAUGGAGGAGGAUAUUGAGCAGGCGGAGUCCCGGCUACAUGAGAAGCUGAUGGAGGAAAAGCCAGUUUUGACGGAGAUAAUUCCAAUGGAAACGGAAGAAGACACCGCCACGCAGAAAUCGCCAGCCAAACCGUCAGAGGAGGAGGGGGCCUGCUGCUCAAAUGAAAUCCGAGAGACAGUUGUGCCCGCAGUCCCUGUGGAGGUGGAGAUUCGCGGCCUGUCCGUGGAUCCCCUCAUGGGCAUUGGCAGCGAUGAUUCCGACAGCGGCAUGGAUGUCGAUGUGGAUGGGAAUGGUUUGAAAACCGCAUCUGCAUCCACAUCCCAAACAGUCACAGGCCCUGGCCUUAAGGAUGUCGAUGAUGAUAGAAACAAGAGGGUCCCCGGGGACUGGGAAGAUCUCGUGGAAACUGGCUCUCAGGAUGAGUCUCGCUCCAAGUCGAUAUUCCGGAAGUUCAACCGUUUCUAUUCUCGCCUCACCAACGGAACGGCUGUUGGCGUCGGAGGAGGAACAGGAUCAGGAGGAGUAGGAGGCUCACCACGUCGCUCAUUAUCCCAUUCGACACAAUCGACUGCAAGCAACAGCAGCGAAUGCGAUCCAAGUGAAUUGAUGCCUGAAAUGCGAGCCCUGGAACCAGUACCAACAGCAAAAGCAGCACGAAAGACACCGAUAAUGGCGUUACCGCCUUUGGUUCCAAUUUCCUACCCAAAUGCAGCUUUAAAAGCGGCGCCAACUGGUCCCGUAGUAAAAGCAGUACCAGCGAAGAUAGCAGAUGCAACAGUACCAACCCCAGCAGAAACCACAGCAAUGUCGGCGCCCACGCGCGUGGAGAACGUGGCCUAUCGCAUGAGGAACGUCAAGGUGCCGCAGAGUGCCGUUUACUGCUGCCAGUAUCCUGGCUGCUCGUUCCUCUUCUCGAAUGAACGCGAGGGCCUAGAGCGACACUUUGCCGUCGAGCAUCCGCAGGUGUCCUGGAGCGGCAGCUGUUUCGCCUGCAUCACGCAGGACCCGACAAAGGCGCUACUGAUGCCACCGAGCUGCAUUGGAGAUGAGCUGCGUCACCUGGCUGAGGAGCAUAUGCCGACAGAUGCAGCGAAUCCACCCGAGAAGCCUCCAAAGCUUCGAGUGCGUCGCUUCAGUGGCGAUCUACUCACGAAUGAUGCAAGGCAACAGCAACGUCAACAGACAAAUGUCUCCAUCAUCCCUGCGGAUAUGGAUGGGGAUACAUCAACCAAUGUGAUGCUCAGGGAUCUGCUGAAAGCCACGCCACGACCAAUCAACCAGCAGGCGGACUUAAAUGCCUCCGGACUGGGGGAGUUUCUGUGCGCCAAGUCUGUCACUCCAUCAUCUGGCGGGGAAACGGAAACUCAAGCUCCAACUGCUACAAGUGGAAAUGGGAAUGCAAAUGAAAAUGGUGCAGCUCUGUAUAAUAAUAAGGAAAAUACGGGCUUACAAAUCGUGACUGUGUGCCAUUUGGAUGCGUUGCCCAGUUUGCAGCCACUGAAUGAAUCAGCAGAGCCCGCGCUGGCAACUGUCAGCAAUGGGGAUUUUGUGUUCACCCAAAGCAUCUCUGAGAAUCACAUUAACAUUUGCCUGGAGCCAUCAGCAGCGGAAAUGGUAGCAACAGAGGCAACAGGAUCAACAACCCGCAGCAUCAUCCAACCGAUUGAUAGUGACAGUGGCCGCAAUUGUAUUCAUUUAGCGCAGGAUCGUUUCCGUUGUAUGGCCGUUUCAUGUGGUUAUUGUGCCCACACAGUGUUGUGCAUAAGAGAGCACAUGAAUUUCCAUCGUUUUAGCUUUGGGAGCACCGACUAUCUAAAGUGCGGCUACUGCACCCAUGUGGCCAGCGAUGUGGAUGACUAUGUGCGACAUGGCGUCUAUGUGCAUGGCCUGGCGCCGCGCCAUGAGCUGCAUGCAGAUAGCACAAGGCCGGCCGGCGAGAUGUCUGUUAGCCAGCAGAUACGCGAGGCGCUCAGUCAGAGAAGGAAUGCAUUGCCGACGACGGUACCGACGGUAGGGACAGCGCCAGUGGAACCGUCAAGCAGUUCGGGACAGGCGCAGGGAAAUGAAACGACUCCAAGGGGUGGAGUAACCAUUUCCAAAGUACUGUACGAUUAUCUACAGCCCACAGGAUACACGGACGACAAUCUGUUCGAAUGUCCGGAGAAAACCUGUGGGGCCCGACUGACAAGCGAAUCGUUUGUCAAACACAUCCUCUACCACAUACGUAGCUCCAGCUCCCGCAGGGAAACGGAGCUGGUCAAGUGUCGGUUUUGUCGCGCGUUAGAAAUGCCGCCAAUGCUGAGGCAGCACUUGCUGACGCAGCACGCCCGGCACAGGUACAUUUGCAGCCAAUGCCUGGAGACGGCCGCCAGCAUGGAAAUGUUAAUGUUCCAUGUGAAACAGGUCCAUCCGCAGGUGCUUGGCCAACCCAAUCACUCUUUCAAGACGAUUCAAGUCUUCCUGCAAGAGGGCAACGGCAAGAGGGCCGGCCACAGACCCACGGUCUGUCAUGUGCUAGGGCUGCUGAUGCCCUUCGAGCACGCACAGUUGCAGACCGUUAAGCACAGAGUCAUUCGCGAGCUGAAGCUGCGAGAGGCUCGCACAAAGAAUGUGUUUCGCUCGUCGGAGGCGAAGCUGCUGCCCAGCUGCGACACUGUGCUGACUGUAGCGCUGCAUUGCGCCGAGUGUCUGUUUGUCAGCAAGGAGGUCGUGGACAUGCAGCGACACCUGGCCAUGCACAAACUGCAGACGAUCAAUGCGUUUACAGAAUCACAACGCCUUCUGGAGGCACAGCCUAGCUCUGCCGAGAAGCAGCCAACCUCCGAGACUACCCAACCAGCUCCGGUGAUAAGAGAUGUGGCCGCUGCAGCCACAACCACAAACACUACGACUACCACUACCACAGACACAGCCAUUGCCACUGCCACUGCCGCCGCUAAGGGGGGGCUCCAUAAGGUGGUCAAUCCGUAUGUGCUGUACGUACCCUCACAGAGUCGCUUUGUGUGCGGUGCAUUGGGCUGCAGCAGACACCUGCCAUCGCUAGAGGCCCUCUGUAAGCACAUGACGAAGGAGCACAUGUACACGGAUGUGCUGUGGUGCAGCUUCUGUCGCACUCGUCUGAUGCAGCCGCAGCCCAACAAGAUGUCCAUCGCGAAGUACUUGAGGCAUCUAUCAACCCACAAGCGUUACAUGUACCAGUGCGGAGACUGCGGACGCGCCAAUUCCGAGCGCCACUUCAUUGAGCGGCACAUCAUUGACCGUCACCUGAAUCUCAAUGUGGAUGUGGUGAUACACAGGCAGAUUGCACGGCUACAGACGACGGCACGUUGGAUCAAGUUGCCCAAGCUAUCCAGGAACCCCAAUCACAAUCAAUACCUCUGCAACCUGUGCCAACACUUGGACAACUCAAUGGAGAAGAUAGCCGCACAUGCGGAGGCUGUGCAUGGCAUUAAGAAUCCGUGCAUUUGCUCUGUGCCGCAGUGUAGUUUUGGGUCAAAGGAUCCCAUACUUGCCAUUCAGCACAUGCUGGAUGAACAUCCGGGUGUGCAGGUGCAGCCGGCGCUUAUCUAUCAACACACAUUGGCGCGGACAAGGCAAACGAUGGGCUUCUACUGCUGUAAGUGUCGGCUGGCCUUUCCCAGCUUCCAACGGACCGUGUCCCAUCUAAAGGAGAGCCAUGAGUGCCUCUGCCAGUACAAGUGUGCGCAUUGUGACUUCAAUUGCCAGCAGGAGCGCGGCGUUAUCGUGCACAUGAUGGAAAACCAUCCGGGCCUCAAGGGGCUGGCCGAGUGCCAGUUUGAGCGCGUGUUGGCCGAUCUGCCCGAUUAUAUGGCCUGGGCCGAGGCCCAUCCUAUUGAGGAGUCACAGCAUCAACAGCAGGGCCAUCAGCAGCAGCAGCAACAGAUGGACGAAGAUCAGGAGGAUGAGCCACACCAAGACGAGAACGAGGAAUCAGAGGAACCAGAAGUUCAGGAAGUGCAGCUUCCACCCGCUGCCAAUCCAAAAAUUACUGAGGUGAUCGACCUCCUCGACUCGGAUGAUGAAGCGCAGACAGAGACGGCAAUAGCGAAUCGAGAACCGUUCAGCGAGGGCUUACAUGCAACCAUUUCAGAGCGGAAUAGGAUCCCGAUCGAAUCCCGUUCGGAUAAUAAUUUCUAUGUUUUCAGUUGCGGCCAUUGUGGGUUCAUUGCAGCGAAUCUGGCACAACUCAAAUCCCAACACUGUGCCCAGACGCAUCCGAAUCGAGCUUUCAUAUUCCGAGUGCAGCCAUUAUUGCUGUGCUGCCUGUGCAAGUCCUUCAAGAGCAAUGCCAAGGAGAUGCGCGAACAUCUGAUAACAACGCACCGACGCAGCCGCCAGAUCAAGACGGUCGCCUGUGAUGUGCGACGGCCGAGGGAGUGCGGUUUCUGCUGUUACCAAUACCAGGGCUGGGCGGAUCUCAUCAGCCACAUGGAGCAGGCGGCCCAUCAGAUAAAUGAUCUCAAGAACGUGACGGAAUCGGGCCUCGAGGUGCUGCUGAAGCUGAACCGGAGCGAAAGCGGUGCCGAGUACUAUCAAAUAUGCAGCCUCUGCAAGAAGGUGCUGCCCGAUCAGAUAGCGAUGUACCAUCACGGACAGCAGGAGCACGCCGAUCAGGGCUUCAGCUUCACGAAUGUCCACCCGCUGGUCUAUCACUGUUUCUACUGUGUGUUCACCUCGUUGGAGGAGAUGGCCUCGCUGCGACACAUGAUCACCCACUUUGGGGGCUUCCAAAAGUGCCACUAUUGCGCAAUGCCCCAGCCAGGUGGCUUCGAGCAGUACAUCCAGCACUGCUACACAAGCCACCACGAGGAGGUUGGUCGCUUUCGGCAAGUGUACACGUACCCAAUGAUAUUGCGCUUCCUCCUGCAGACGGCCUACCAAUUCCAGAACGGCCUGAUCAUAAACAAGAGCAGUCUGCUCAACACACGCCACAAGAAGGAUACUCUGAUUCGCCAGCUGUACGAAGAGCUGAUGGCCCGGGCCGAGCGUCCGCCCAUUCCCCGGAUUCAUAUAGGUCUCAAAAAUGUGGCAACCAUUGCUAAUGGUAUGGAGCCUGUGGCAAAAAAAGCCAAGAUCAUCAGGCGACGCCAGACCCUGGGUCCCGAUGAGCUAAUCAGGGCGAGGCUCUUGGAUGAACCAAGCUUUAAUCAAUCGACACCAAUAGCAGCAGCCGUACCAGCAGCCCUCGCCCCAAGCUCAACCCCAGGCCACAGCAGCAGACCAGCGAAUUAUAUUUGGUCUACAUCGUUCACAGGAGCUAAUCCUGCAAUUCGACAGCAGCCGCCGCCAUCAGCAGCAGCAGCAGCAGUAGUAGCAGAGGUAGCCCCUAGUCGGCAGAAUGGAGAGGAGAGCAUAAUAAGGAACCUUAAGCGACGCAACAGCGUUGUGGUAUUUAGUCGUCCCUAGGGAUGCAGGACUAUUACUUUUAAGAUUGCUGUUCGAAUUAUGUUUCAAAGUUAAGAAUAUUCAUACAGUAAAUAGUUAAGAUUUGCCAUUUCUGAAAUGCCUCGAGUCACGCGGUCUCUUUACACUCGAGAGAAGAGAU